UUCCUUCACCGGAAGAUGGCAGGUGAGAAGAAGACAAUGGAGAAGGCACCGGCUAAGAAGAAGCCGGCUGAGAAGAAGCCAGGUGAGCAGAAAGCAAGCCAGAAGGGAGCAGGCGAGAAGAAGAAGAAAGUGAAGAAGUAUCAUUGCAGCCGUAACCCUGUCCUGGCCCGUGGCAUUGGGAGAUAUUCCCGGUCAGCCAUGUAUGUCAGGAAAGCUCUCUACAAGCGCAAGUACACUGCUCCAGAAACAAAGAUAGAAAAGAAGAAGAAGGAGAAGCCACGGGCUACCAUCACCAAGCCAGUGGGUGGAGACAAGAAUGGAGGCAGUCGAGUGGUUAAAAUCCGCAAGAUGCCCAGGUACUACCCCACUGAAGACGUUCCUCGCAAGCUUUUGAGUCACGGCAAAAAGCCCUUUUGCCAGCACAAGAGGAGGCUGCGGGCCUCUAUUACUCCAGGGACUGUUCUGAUCCUUCUGACUGGUCGUCACAGAGGCAAGCGUGUUGUCUUCUUGAAGCAGCUUGAAACUGGCCUUUUGCUUGUUACAGGACCCUUGGUUAUCAAUCGUGUCCCUCUGCGUAGGGCCCAUCAGAAAUUUGUUAUUGCCACAUCCACAAAGGUUGAUAUCUCAGGAGUGAAAAUUCCCAAGCAUCUCACUGACACCUACUUCAAGAAGAAGAGGUUGCGUAAGCCCAAGCACCAGGAAGGCGAGAUCUUUGACACGGAGAAAGAGAAAUACGAGAUAACAGAGCAGCGCAAGGCAGACCAGAAGACUGUGGAUUCACAGGUCCUGGCACAAAUCAAGAAGGUGCCUCAGCUCCGUGGCUACCUGCGUUCUACAUUCAGUCUCUCAAAUGGAGUUUACCCUCACAAAUUGGUGUUCUAACUCUUCUGAAAGCACCACAUUAAAUCUGAAGGGCAAAAAGCAAGGAUUCCUGGUGUUUUCA